AUGGAGGAACUGGUGGAGAUGGCUUUGGAAUUCGUGAGGGGCGCCGGUUUUAUCUGUCGAACGGACGGGGGGCAAGGCAAUGGCGAUCUCUGGAAUGUAGGAUGGAGGUUGGGCGGCGAGGCUGACGAAGGAAGGAGGGACGGAGGGAGGACGCGUGGGUGGUGGGUGGUGGUGCAGAGUGGACGAUGCGACGUGACACUUGGCGCGGAGGGGGAGGGAGAGGUGGGAAGCCAUGGCCGUCCCUCCCGCGUCGGCCGAGCUCGAAUCGCGCCAAUCAGGCGAGAUUCUUCGCGUCCCGUGAAGUUCUUCGGGAAUCGCAAAGCCGCCUUCGCUCUGGCUUUGCUCCUCGCUGAUGCUGUCCUGGUUUCGCUCAUCAUCGCCUACGUCCCCUACACCAAGAUCGAUUGGGACGCUUACAUGUCUCAGGUGAGCGGAUUUCUUGGAGGAGAGAGGGAUUACAGCAACUUGAAAGGCGACACGGGUCCUCUGGUCUAUCCGGCCGGCUUCCUCUAUGUUUACUCUGCCAUUCAGUUCGUCACCGGCAGCGAGGUCUAUCCGGCUCAGAUUUUGUUUGGCAUUUUGUACAUCAUUAAUCUGGGGAUCGUGUUCUUCAUAUAUGUGAAGACAGAUGUGCUCCCAUGGUGGGCUCUGAGCUUGCUUUGUUUGUCAAAGAGGGCGCACUCUAUCUUUGUUCUCCGUCUCUUUAAUGACUGUUUUGCUACAAUGCUCCUCCAUGCUUCUAUGGCUGUCCUACUUAGCCAAAAGUGGCAUGUUGGGUUGAUUAUCUUCAGUGCUGCUGUUUCUAUAAAAAUGAAUGUCCUCCUUUAUGCCCCAUCAUUGCUUCUUCUAAUGCUGAAGGCCAUGGAUAUCUUUGGGGUGGUGUCAGCUUUAGCUUGUGCAGCACUUGUGCAGAUAUUGUUGGGGCUUCCUUUUCUCUUAUCCUAUCCGGUUGCAUACAUAUCUCGGGCCUUCAAUCUUGGUCGCAUAUUCAUCCACUUUUGGUCUGUUAACUUCAAGUUUGUUCCUGAGCCAGUUUUUGUAUCGAAAGGAUUUGCAGUCUCCUUGCUGGUUGUUCACCUGGUGUUGCUCUUCACAUUUGCGCACUAUAGAUGGUGCAAGCAUGAAGGGGGGCUUUUUAAUUUCUUGCAUUCAAAGUUUCUCUCCUUGAAGCUGAAGUUCUCUCUCUUAAGUUCCUUCUCACAACAAAAUUUUCGUAGUACCGGCUCAUUGUCCAAAGUUCUCAGCCAAGAGCAUAUUGUGACGACUAUGUUUGCUGGGAAUUUUAUUGGCAUUGUAUGUGCACGUUCAUUGCAUUAUCAGUUCUACUCAUGGUACUUUUACAGCUUACCUUAUUUACUUUGGAGAACGCCUUUUCCAACACUUAUACGGAUAAUAUUGUUCGUAGGCGUGGAGUUAUGCUGGAAUGUCUAUCCAUCAAACAUCUUUUCGUCUGUUCUGCUUCUCUGUCUCCACUUAAUUAUAUUUUGGGGCCUUUGGCGUGCUCCCCCGGAAUAUCCUUAUGUUAAGGCUGAAUCAUCAAGUGGAAAGAAAGAAGAAUGAAAAACUCCAAUGCCCGUUUUGCUGAUCCUCUUGAUGGUCACAGCUUCAAGUUUCUUUUUGGACCUUCAUCUGUACUAACAGCAUGAAUAGAAGAUACAAGAAACAACAACAGUUUUGACAUUAUUGUGCAGAUAUUUUUCUUCCAAUGAGUAUACCUUGCAUUGCUGUCAUUAAGACUUGAAAGAUAGGCGAUUUCAGAAAUCACUCGA